AACUAUUGUUUAUUGGUUUCUGAAGGUUUUCCUCAAUCUGGGUUUCAUAAUUUGCUGCUCAUCUGCCAUUUUUAUAGGCAGAAUUUCUUGAUUCAGCUGUGAUUUAUAUAAGCAUGGAUCCACAAAGUGCUAUAGCUCAAGUUAAGAGGGCUGGUCUUUUUCGGACCCAGGGCCUUAUUGGAGGAAAAUGGAUGGAUGCUUAUGAUGGGAAGACUUUUGAGGUCUACAAUCCCGCAACCGGUGAAGUUCUAGCUAAUGUUGCGUGCAUGGGUAAGAAGGAGGCCAAUGAUGCGAUAGCUUCAGCUCAUGCUGCAUUCACUUCUUGGAGCAAACUUACUACCACUGAAAGGAGCAAACUUAUGAGGAAAUGGUACAAUUUACUAAUUGCCCAUCAAACUGAGCUUGGUCAACUUAUAACACUGGAGCAAGGAAAACCUGUAGCGGAAGGCUAUAACGAGGUCUUGAUUGGGGCUGGUUGUUUGGAGUUCUUUCUUGAGGAAGUGAAGCAUUGUUAUGGUGAUAUAAUUCCACAAACACAAGCAGAUCGCCGAAUGUUUGUUUUAAAGCAGCCUGUAGGUGUUGUUGGUGCAAUUACUCCCUGGAACCUUCCAUUGGCUAUGGCUCUUCGGAAGGUUAGUCCUGCCAUGGCUUGUGGCUGCACAGUGGUUAUAAAGCCCUCUGAAUUAACUCCAUUGUCAGCCUUAGCAGCAGCUGAACUUGCUCUUCAAGCUGGAAUUCCACCGGGUGUUUUCAACAUGGUCAUGGGAAUUGCCCCUGAGAUUGGGGAUGCCUUCCUUGCAAGUCCAAAGGUUAGGGUGAUCACUUUUACGGGCUCAACAGCUGUUGGGAAGAUGUUGCUGGCUGGUGCUGCUCAGACUGUUAAAAAGACAUCUAUGGAACUUGGCGGUAAUGCACCUAGCAUGAUAUUUGAUGAUGCAGACUUGGAGGUGACCGUGAAAGGACUUAUGAUUGUGAAAUUCUUUAAUUGUGGACAAACAUGUAUUUCUCCGAAUAGAAUAUUGGUACAAGAAGGUAUUCAUGAUAAAUUUGCAGCUGCCCUUACAAAAGCUGUCCAGACUCUGCGAGUUGGGCAUGGCUUUGAUGAAGGUGUGACCCAGGGCCCACUGAUUAAUCAAGCUGCAUUGCACAAGAUUGAGGCAUUGGUUGAAGAUGCUGUCUCACAGGGAGCAAAAGUCCUCGUUGGGGGUAAAAGACACAGUUUGGGAUUGACUUUUUAUGAGCCCACAGUACUUGUCGAUGUCACUAGUGAUAUGCUUAUAUCAAGUACCGAAAUAUUUGGACCUGUUCUAGCCCUGCAGCGAUUUAAGACUGAGGAGGAAGCUAUCCACCUUGCAAAUGACAGUAAUGCAGGUUUAGCAGGCUACAUUUACACAGAGAACUUGCGUCGCUGUUGGCGUGUCGCUGAAGCUAUUGAAUUUGGAAUUGUUGGUGUCAAUGACGGAUUAAUUCCAGCAGCGUGUGCUCCAUUUGGCGGGUUUAAGCAGUCUGGUCUUGGACGUGAAGGAUCCAAGUAUGGGUUGGAUGAUUUUCUAGAAAUAAAAUAUCUGUGCUUGGGAAAUAUGGUGUAAUUUUACUGGAGCACGUCUCAACUUGAUGGAAGAAUGAGGAAUAAGCUGCUGAUGGUUUCCUCCCACAUGAAGUAUUCGAAUAAAUCCAUGCAGACUAGCACUGGGUGUCUUCAUUUUUGUUGCACAACUUUGAGCUUUUGAUGCUUCUGUUAGCAGUCAUUGUAAAACAUUUUUCGGUUCCCUUCUUUUCUCUUUCUUUAAUAUUUUUCCUCAUCUUGCUCUAUAGUCCAAACAGAAGAAAGCAAUUUUCCUUAACAUGAUUUUUGCUUUUCUUUGUGUAGUAGUUGUUGGGAACCAAACAUUGUCUAAGUGUUGGAAAGUGAUCUUUCUUUGAUCAAUGUGGGAUCUCACAUUCACAAAA